AUGGUGAAUCGUGAAGGGGUGAAGAAUCUUUGGAAUCGCGUGUACACAGGAGCUUUCCGUAACCUCAUUGUUACACCUGAACAAUUUUUUCCUGAAGGUGGACAUAUUCCACGUCUCGCGCUGAUGUCAAAGGACCAGAAUUUUAUCAAAUGGAUUGGUUUCUUUUUCAUUGACGAAGCACAUUUUAUUGUUACAGCUGGAGAGCCCAAGCCAGGCGAGAAGCUUGCAUUCCGCACAGCACAUGGCAAGCUUGCCGAAGUACUGCUGCAAUUCCCAGUCGAUGUUCUCGUCACCCUCUUCUCGGCAACUCUACCUCACGAAAUGCUCCAGCGGAUCAUCAAAUCUCUGAAUCUUCCGAGGGAUCAGACAGAUACUUUCAUGCUUACCACCAACCGCCCCAAUGUCAGUGAUGCAGUGAUUCCCAUGGUCGAUUCCAUCAAAAAUUUCAGCAACCUCGAUUUUCUUGUGUCCGAGCCGUUUCAUCCACCAAUGUCCUAUCCUCCGAAGUCCCUCAUAUUCAUAGAUCACAAACUCAGUACUGCGGCUGUCGCAAGAUAUCUCAACACUCGCUUACCCGAGGCAGUUCGACGUGUAUUCAAGUUUCGGCACCUCCAUUCCAGCAUGUCCGUGGAACACAACGAAAUGGUGUUCGACGAGUUCCGAAAGCCAGAUGGGCUUGUUCAGGGCAUAGUUGCAACUUCGGGAGCGUCCGCUGUGACUGGAAUCAAUGUCCGCGACAUACGGCUCGUGGUCCAAUUCGGUAUCACUAUCGAUGUCUCUGAGCAUGAACAGCGGGCUGGACGAGGCGGAUGGGACCGGGGGCCUUGUCAUGUCUUGAUGAUCGUGGAAAAGUGGGCAUACAAGAGCACCAACGACACUCAAGUCUUGCACAAAGGGAAACCUACGGCAAAAGAGCGACGUACCGAUCCAGCUAUGCUCGACUUUGUGAACACUUCUACGUGCCGUCGACAAUUCCUAGCUGAAUAUAAUGGUGACACGACAGCCGAAGCUUUCGAAUACAACAGCGCAUUUUGUUGCGACCAGCAUCUUGACACGACCACGAACAUCAACUACUUUCUGCCUGGACAAACGUUACCAUUGAUCGCUCUGCAAGUUAGACUCGAUUCGGAAACAAAAAGUGUUCAUCUACAAGCCCAGCCCAAGAAGACACACAAAAAAUACCGUCCAACAAAGCAGCGCCCACCAUUGGAAGAACUGCUCCAAGCCUGGCGGAAGAAUGCCCUCUCCAAUGACGACAUCACUCAAGGCUGGCUAGAUGAAUGGGUUCUUUCCGAUCUGAGUAUAAGCAAGCUCGCACGAGAAGAAGAGGCUGCUUUUGAAUCAACUGCUGACGUGGUCUCGUUUCUGGAGGAGAGCAGCGAAUGGGCAGAUUCCUAUGGCGAGCAGGUUCACAGUGUCAUUGAUGGUUACAACAGGUCCCUCCCAAAGAAGCCCACACGAGCAGGUAAAAGACCUCUCACCUCCAAUCAGAUGCCGUUCGAGCUGGAGUCGGAGAACAACACAACACUAGUCAACUCAUACAACCCCACAUCGUCUCCGCAGUCCAGUCGAUGUGCAACACCGGAUCUCGAUCUUCCUCUUUCUGCUGCUGUUCGACAUCCACGUUCUGAAUCUGUUUUCAAGUCACCAAACCCGCAGCCAAAGAAAAGGGCAUUUAAGUUGAUAGGCAUGGAUGGUUCUAGAAUAUUAGAAUGGGACUGCUAA